UUUCAUUAUAGAUAUUGGAAUGGGUACAUGUGGAGGUAAGCCCAAGAAAGUAAAUUUGUAUAGUAUACCACGGUCAUUAGAAGAAAAAUGUAAAUUUAUUGAUUAUUGUAAGUUCUUCCAAAAGAGAUUGAUUUGUUGUUCUUAAUAUAUAGUGAUUUAAAUUCUCGAAAUGUAGAAAAUUUAGUUAAUAAAACUGCAUUUACAGAUUUUUUUACAAUGAUUGGGUUAUGGGGUGAUUUAGUUUUUGAUUAUUUUAAUAAAGAUGAUGAAAAUGAAAAUCUGAUAAAUUUUGAGUAGUUUUUAAAAGGUGUAGCAUAUUUUAUAAAAUGUGAUGAAGAAUAAAAGAUUGAUCAUUUAUUUAAAUUAUAUGAUUUAGAAAAUAUAGGAAUAAUAAAAAAGGCUGAGUUCCUUUAAAUGGUAAUUUGGUUUUUAAAUAAAGCUUUAAAAUUAUCCUAGAGAAGAUUUAAUAAGAUUAUUAGAUGAUCCAAUGUUUUUAGAAGAUUUAAAGAUUUUGAAAUAUUAUGAGAAAAAAGAAAAGAUAAAUUAAAAGAAAGCUAAACCAUUAAAAGCAGAUGAAUAAGAAUUUACUGAAUCAGGUAAUAAAUAAAAUAUAUAAAAAUAAUAAUAGUUCAUGCAAUAUAAAGAAAAGGAUCUUCUUAAUAAAGUGGGGAAAUAAAAUCACUUUCUAGAUAAUAAUCAGUAGAUUGUUAAUCAAUUUAAUCAAGUCUUCCAAAUUUUAAUGAAUAAAGUGUUGUAAUGAUGUUUCCAAAUGAAAGUUUGGUUGGACCAAAUGGAGUACCUAUGGGAUAAUUUGGAUAAAAUAUAACAUUUUAAAUAAAUGGAAAAUUAGUAGAAUUGAAAAGAGUAAAUGUAAAUUAUUUAGUACGUAAAUAUGUCGAUAUGAUUUAUAAAAAUAAAGGAAAAUAAGAAGAAGAGUAAUUUAAUUAAAUAAUAUAGAUUAUCAAUUGAAGAAUUUAAAUAAUUUGUUAAAUUACAUCCAAAAAUAUUUGAUGGAUUAUAUAAAGCAUUUAAUUAUGAUAUUUGGGGUGUUAAUAAUAGUACAUUAGUACCUUUAUUUGUAACAGUUUAAAAAGAUUUAGAAGGACAUUUAUAAAAAGUAAGUAGAAAGAAUCCAAAGAUUUCUAAAGAUAGAUAUUUUAAAUUAAUAUAAAGAUUUUGCUUAUCAUAUAAGAAACUUGAUUAAGCAAUUCCUUCAAGUAUAAAUUUUAUCAAAUAUUUUUAAUUUAGAAAUAUUUUGUUUAGAUGGUUUGACAAUUUAAGAAAUUGUGAAUAGCUAAGAAUAAAAAUAUGGAUUUGAAAUAUCACAUAAAGAUAAGGUAUAUCCUUAAAGAUUAUACUAUUGUAAAGAUUUUGAAGAUUUUAAGAAAUGGACAAAUGGUUUAUAAAUGUUCUAAAAGUAUUUUAUUAUCUAAAAUAGGGCUUCUGUUAAUGAUUAUUAUUCUAUAUUAUAAAAAAUAGGUGAAGGAAAAUUUUCAAUUGUUUAUCUUUGUGAAGACAAAAAAACUAAAUAAUAAUUAGCAAUGAAGAUAAUUGAAAAGUUUAAAUUAUCAAAAUAAGAAAAAUUAAUGUUAGCGUAUAUUAUUAAUAUUUAUAUAAAUAGACAUGAAGUAGAAAUAAUGAAAUUAUUGAAUCAUUCAUGCAUAAUUAGAUUUGUUGAGAUAAUAGAAACAAAGACCCAUUUAAAUAUUAUAACUGAAGUAGUUAGAGAUGGAGAUUUAUUUGAUUAUAUAACAAAUAAUGAAAAUUUAAAUGAAUAAGAAGCUUCAUUAAUAAUGGGUUAAUUAUUUGAUACAAUAAAUUAUGUUCAUAGUGUUGGAAUAGUUCAUAGAGAUUUAAAACCAGAAAAUAUUAUGAUUGUACUGGAUUAAAUAACUAAAACUGUAAAAUAUGUUAAGAUUAUUGAUUUUGGAUUUGCUAAUUUUUUAACAAAUAUAUAAAAUAAAGAAGGAGAAGCUUUAUGUGGAACAACCAAUUAUUUAGCUCCUGAAACUUUAUCAUAAAAAAGAAUUGAUUUCAAAGUUGAUAACUUUGCUUUAGGUGUAAUUCUUUAUUUCUUAUUAUCUGGUAUUAAUAUUCAAUUAUUUAAGGAUUCUUACCUUUUGAUGCUUCAUUUCCUGAAGAUAUAAUUAAGAAUAUUUUAGAUUCCAAUUAUGAUUUAAGUGAUUCUUUUUGGUAACAGAUAUCACCAGGGGCAAAAGAUUUGAUAACAAAAUUGUUAAAUAAAGAUCCAGAUGAAAGAAUAUCUUUGGAUGAAGCAUUAAAUCAUCCAUGGAUUAAAGUAUUGGAUUUAGUUGAUUAAUAUAGAAUCGUUCUACGUUGUAAACUAAAAAAGUUUAAAGACAAAAAUUAAGAUUAGGGUUAAUUUGA